UCCCUCAAAGGGACACCGACGCGUGUAACACACCGGCAGGUUAGCAAGCAGACCGUCAAGCAACAAGGACACGAGAGGGGGAAAAACGCAAUUUUAACCCCAGAUUUAUCCAUACGAAAUAACGGAAACUGCACAACACGAUAUCCCCUCCUGUCGGACCUCAACUUCUACUGACCAGCAGGCGCAUCAUAGACCAGCUGUCAGACAAGACAACUGACUGACUGAUCGAAAAUAAUAACGUUUGGAAUCAAAGUUUUAAAGACACAGAAACUAAGGAAGAUCUAACAAGCAAACUGACUGCAUUAUUUACUAAAGAAAGAAACACACAACAACAACAACAACAACAACAACAACAACAACAACAGAUGGACUGACUGUCUGGCACAGAAGACGGACGGGCGGCGUACUGUGGAACUGAGGACCUGACAGACAGACAGACAGACACAUAUCACCACUCUGACGACCAGCCUCACAUAAAUGGCCGACAAGCAGAUCAGUUUGCCUGCCAAAUUGAUAAAUGGUGGGAUCGCAGGGCUGAUCGGCGUGAGCUGUGUGUUUCCCAUUGACCUGGCCAAGACCCGUCUGCAGAACCAGCAAAAUGGAUCACGACUUUACACCAGCAUGUCCGACUGUCUCAUCAAGACCAUCCGCUCAGAGGGAUACUUCGGGAUGUACAGGGGGUCUGCGGUGAACUUAACCCUGGUCACUCCAGAGAAAGCCAUCAAGCUAGCAGCAAAUGACUUCUUCAGACAAUACCUCUCCAAGGAUGGUCAGAAGCUCACCCUGGUCAAAGAGAUGCUGGCGGGGUGUGGGGCAGGUACAUGUCAGGUUAUCGUCACAACUCCUAUGGAGAUGUUGAAGAUUCAGCUUCAAGAUGCUGGGAGAAUCGAGGCCCAGAGGAAGCUGAUGCCAGAGACAGUGGUACCAGGGGCCGUGCCGACCAAGUCCCCCACCGCCAUGCAGCUGACCAGGGAACUUCUUAAGGAGAAGGGCAUCGCUGGGCUGUACAAGGGCCUGGGGGCCACACUGCUCAGGGAUGUUCCAUUCUCCAUCAUCUACUUCCCUCUGUUUGCCAACCUGAACACCCUGGGGAAGAGAGGAGCGGAGGGCCCCGCCCCGUUCUACGUGUCCUUCCUGGCAGGCUGUCUGGCUGGCAGCACGGCCGCUGUCGCUGUCAACCCUGUAGAUGUGAUAAAGACCCGAAUCCAGUCUAUGAACAGAGGGAGUACAGAGGAAACUUACAGCGGGGUGACUGACUGUAUCAGUAAAAUCAUGAAGAACGAGGGUCCCUCAGCGUUCCUGAAGGGGGCGUACUGCCGUGCCCUGGUCAUCGCGCCCUUAUUUGGUAUCGCCCAGGUGGUCUACUUCUUCGGCGCGGGAGAAUACAUCCUCAGCUUCCUGCCUGGCAACUAAGCGACAAGAACGUCAACCGAUCGGAUCUCUGCCUUUUCCCUCUCUCGCAACUAGAUCACAACUACAUCACGCACAGCACAGCGAUAGGAUCCGAGAUCACCUCUCAUCAUGAAAUAAGGUUUUGAUCAAUUUGAUGGGAUUGUUAGAACAUUUGAUCGUUGUCGUCGGGUUAAAGUACGACUACCACCAAUUUAGGAUUUCUUUCUUUGACCCCUUUUGGCUUAUGAGCACCCCCCCUAGAGGCGAACACGUUGCGGAUAGCCUCUUUAAUUGUCCUUGUGGUGUUGAAUGUAAUGUUACGGCGGUGAGCACAGUAAUAGGAGCAGAGAGACGUUGAUUGCAAAGCGGCGGCAACACAAGAUUCCAGUGGAAUUGAAGCCACAAAUACCAUGUUCUCAAAUGAUGAUUAUUUUAUUUAUUUUUGAAUGAUAUUUUUUAUGUGGGCGUGAUUGAUGAAUUACAGGGUAGAUCUAUUGUCUGAAUAUGUUGAGCUACGGCAUAUGGUAGUUAUCUCAAUGAACCGCCAUAGCAUCAGAAUGAUCAUGCGGAUGACGACUAUUGCCUAUCAAUCAGAUUUAAUAUAAAUCACAUAUCUUGUAAUAAUAAAACAUAUAAAAAAAUUGUUGGUCCUAAUGACAAAGCAAGCAGGAUUUUACGAGUUCUCAAGAAAACAAAGAAUCACUUAGUUAGACUAUUCAAAGUUCACCAAGCAUGCUCAUUAAAGAAACAAAAUGAUCCAUACCUUAUUAUUAUUACCAGCUAUUAUGUAGUAUACUAUGAAUUAGAGCUUAAAUUACAUCUUACAUUUAUUUUUAAAUGCAUGUGUUACAGGCCAAGACCCAUAGAAUAUGUUAAGUUGUGCACUUUAUACAACUAUACAAUACUGACACCCCCAUUGGAUCUUACCUGAACAGCCCAGUCAUCCCUGCCUGUGAUUGGUUGUAAUUGCCAUUCAGCCAAUCAGCUUAUAGCUCUGAGUGGACCCUAAUUGCCUUGUCCCUGGUGGUCUUUUCUCUAAAUGCAGUACCUAGUUAUCCCCAAACGGAGAAGGAAAAUAGAGCUAUCGUAAUAACCAACAUUCUUUUUGCACUUUGAAACCAUGGCCAAUAUCAUAUCAAUUGUGGUCUUGGUGUUAAAAACAAACAUUAAAUAUCAUGAAUUUUGGCCAGUGACAGAACUAAUACUAUAUCUGAAGAGCAAACGAAUCUGCAAUAGAUUCUAUUAAAAAAAAAAACAGAAAAAAUGAUAAAUAAUGAAGCCACUUUUAAUAUUGUCCAAAUUAUUUCUGACUUUCUAUUCUCAUUAUUAAUAUUUGGAACGGUACUCCUCUACAGCCGUUCAAACUUUAAAACGUGUAGACUGAUCUGGAUUAAGUUGCUUGCAUACAACUUUUUGAUAACAUUUAAACUAUAAACCUUUUAAUUAAUCUUAACUGCAUCCGCUUUAAUGGGAUUUGUUCAACCUUCUAAAGCUUCCAUUGUGACAUCAUGACUUCCAACAUUCCAUUCACUGUGAAUGCAACAAUGCAACUUUUGACAAAAAUCUGCUACUUUGACCUCUUCCCCAACAAGUUAAACAGAAAGUUAGAGCAUAUGAAGUCUUCCUCUACUUCUCUGCUAUUCAAAUCUGAAAUCACAACAAAAAUAUAUUCAAAUGUGGAAUUGUUCUUCUACUUCUCUGCUAUGCUAUUCAAAUCAGAAAUCAGAGCAGAAAUAUAUUCUACCAAUCAAAAGUUACAGCUGUUUGUCUGAGUUUAGAGUGAUGAAAAGUAGCUAGCUAACAUCAGCUAAAAGCUCUUUCGUGUCCGUUGCUAUGGAUACUCACACAAGCAGAUUAGAGCAUUGUGACAUCAUGACUUCCAACAUUCCAUUUACCGUGAAUGCAACAAUGGAACUUUUGACACAAAUCAGCUACUUUGACCACUUUCCAAACAAAAAUAUUGCAUAUGAAAUCUUCCUCUACUUCUCCGCUAUUCAAAUAUGAAAUCAGAACAGGAAUAACUUCUACCAAUCGAACGAUACAGCUGUUUGAGAACUGCACCAACUGCUUUUCUUCCUAACUUAUUAAAACAACUGCUGUUUUAAGCCAGUUUCCCAAUAAGUUAUUCAAAAAGUUAGAGGGUAUGAAUUCUUCCUCUACUUCUCUGCUAUUCAAAUCUGAAAUCAUAGCAGAAAAUAUCUUCAACUAAUCUAGAGGUACAGCUGUUUCAGUAACCGCAUCAACCACAUUUUCUCUAACCUUUUUAUAAACAACAUACAUUUGUACCACUUUCCCAAAAAGCUAGACAUAAAGUUAGAAGGUAUUAAAUAUUCCUCUACUUCUCUGCUAACACUUCUUACACUACCACACAACUAUUUUUAAAGAACUGGAGCAAGGCACACAAUUUUACUUCAUGUAAAAUUACAAUCUAGUUGUGAUUUAAAUAGUGUACAAAAAAAAAAGAUUGGGACCUAAAAUUGUAUUAUUCCAAUCAUUCAAUGUACUAAAGCUAUCUAUGCUUUAGUAUGUUUUUGUUUGUUGUUCUCUAGGCUCUUUGGGGAUUGAAACUUUCAUGGUGUAUCUUUGUUGUGCAUGCAUUUGUUACAUCACUGAAGGCCCUGCCACACCAUUCAAAUCAAGCUUUAUUUAUACAGCACAUUUAAGACAUGGAAUGCAAUGCAAUGUGCUUCACAGGAAAGAAACUA